AUGCUGAGAGAGCACCAUUUGUAUGCCAAGUAUUCCAAGUGUAAUGGGGUGUCAGUUGAUCCUUCGAAGAUAGAAGCAGUUCUAGAUUGGGAACGUCCCAAGAAUGUGUAUGAGAUUCGGAGUUUUCUUGGCUUAGCGGGUUAUUACCGCAGGGGAUCAGAUUUGAUUGGACUGAAGCUUGGUGGUAAGGUAGCGGCUUAUGGAUCUAGACAGUUAAAGAUUCACGAGCUUAACUAUCCCACCCAUGACUUAGAGUUAGCAGCAGUUGUUUUUGCUUUGAAAAGCUGGAGGCAUUAUUUGUAUGAUGCCUUAAGCCGGAAGUCUCGUGGAGUUUUGGCUGGGUUAGCCAUUCAGAAAUGGAAGAUGUUGGAGGAUCUAGCAGAGAUGGGAUUACAGUGUUAUGAUGACAAUGUUGGUUAUGAGUCAGCUUUUCUGUUUAGUCUUGUGGUUCAACCUACUCUUGUUACACGGGUGAUUGAGGCACAGAGACAGGACUCAGAUUUAGCUGCCAUUCAUCAGUUGAUUUCAAGUAGGGACACAGUAAAGGACUGGACCUUACACACAGAUGGUGGUUUACGGUUUAAAGGUUUGCUUGUGGUUCCUACGAUUUGUCGGGAGGAUGUGUUACAGGAGUUUCACACUUCUCAUUUUACUGUGCAUCCAGGUGGUAAAGGCAAAGCAUCAGAGACCUGCAGGUUUGUUACAGCCAUUGCCAGUAGCACAGUGGAAAUGGGAAUGUAUUGCUAUGGAUUUUGUGACAGGACUUCCGAGGCGACAGAUUCUGCAGAGGCACUUGGCAGAUUGUAUGUCAGAAAGAUUGUCAGAUUGCAUAGGGUUCCAUUGUCCAUUGUUUCGGACAGGGAUGCCAAGUUCACAUCGAAGUUCUGGGAAGGGCUUUAUGCAGCUUGGGAGGAUCAUUUACCUCUUGUUGAGUUUGCCUAUAACAAUAGCUAUCAGUCGAGCAUUGAGAUGGCUCCUUUUAAGGCAUUGUAUAGUAGGCCUUGUCGUUCUCCUGUUUGUUGGACUGAGGUGGGUGAGACAGCUGCCUUAGGGCCAGACAUUGUCUUGGAAACCACUGAAAAGAUUAAGUUGAUUCAGCAGCGGUUGUUGACUGCUCAGAGCCGACAAAAAAGUUACGCAGAUAGACAGAGACAGCCAUUAUCCUUUAAGGUGGGAGACCACGUGUUUCUCAAGGUUUCUCCACGAAAAGCAUUGCUACGGUUUGGAAAGAGUGGCAAGUUGUCACCUUGUUUCAUUGGGCCAUUUGAGAUUUUGGACUGA